AUGCCCUUUCCAGGAAUACGUGUUCGUCUCCAACAAGCAAGAGAUGAUUUCCUAUCGGCUCAGAAAGAUUGGAACGAUGCAAAAGAUCGCCUCACCUCGCUUCAGGCAACCCUCAACGAAAAGAAAACCCUAGCCGAUGAUAUUUCCAGCGGUCGUCAAUUAAAGAGCACCCCUGACAAGGCCAAAAUGCUCGAAGUUGAGAUCCAAGGGCUCAAAGGAAGUAUCGCGACAGCUGAAAGGGACAUUAUUCAGCAUCGUGGCAGAAUGGAUGCUGCUGAAGCUAUUUUCAAUCGACUGGAAGGUCUUAAGAUUUUAGACGCGAUACCAGACAUGUGA